AUGUAUCUUCGAGCCGUCCACGCCGAACCAUCCAUCAAGGCUCUCUUCGACUUCAUCACUGCGAACCCCCUGGGAAUUCUCACCACGGCCAUCUUUUCGCCGUCAUAUCCCUUUUUACAAGCCAGCCAUAUCCCAUGGGUCCUCAACACAAUUAGCGAUGACCCAGACGCACCCGUGAAAGGCCGUCUUCGGGGACACAUGGCGCGACAAAAUCCCCAGGCCAAAGCCAUCAUUGAAGCUGCUUCAGCUUCCUCUACACAGAUACUUCAACAGGAUGUAAUGAUCCUGUUCACGGGGUCUCACCAUCACUACGUGACGCCCAAAUUCUACACCGAGACGAAACCAGCCACUGGCAAGGUCGUGCCGACGUGGAACUAUGCCGCUGCACAGGUUCAUGGCAAGGCUACCAUCUACUAUGACUCUUCCUCCGAGGAAAUGUCUCAGUAUCUGUCGCAGCAGAUUCAUGACUUGUCGGUUCUUUGUGAGACUGGGGUUAUGGGUCAUGGUGGCGACAAUGGGAGGCCGGAUCCUUGGAAUGUUUCUGAUGCCCCGGAUCGAUAUAUUGAUAUUAUGAAGAAGAAUAUCAUUGGGAUUGAAGUUUCGAUUGAGAGCAUUGGGGGCAAGUUUAAGAUGAGUCAGGAGAUGGGGGAGAAGGAUCGUGAGGGUAUCAUUAAUGGAUUUCACAAUCUGGGGUCGGAUGUUGGGACACACUUGGCUGGUAUGGUCAAAGAGUGUAGUGAGAUGAAAGAUGCAGCGAAGAUGAAGCAGUGA